AUGCCUAUUGAGUCAAACUUUCCCAAUAUCAACCUCCAAGUGGUUGAUCUCUUCAAUUUCUUGUUCAAUCGCAAGGAUCGAAAGUUUUCAGAUGAUCAAGUGAUAUUCCAAUCUGGUGACAACCUGUCGCGGCAGUAUACAUAUAAACAACUCAAGCAGUCAGCAACAGAUUUUGGCAAGGGACUGCGAUCCAACUUUGAUCUCAAGAAAGGCGACGUUGUCGGAGUAUAUGCACCAAAUGAUGUCGACACCCCCGGUGUUGUUCUCGGUGCACUAUGGACAGGCGCCAUUGUCUCGCCUGCAAAUCCAGGCUAUACACAGGCAGAAUUGGUCUACCAACUCAAGGACUCUGGCGCCAAAGUUCUUGUUACACAUCUCAGCGUGCUUGAUGUCGCGAAGAAGGCCGCUCGGGAAGUGGGAAUCGAUGAGAAGCGUAUCAUUCUUCUAGGCGAGGAGAAAGACCCUUCGAACAAGACGAAGCAUUGGUCCUCGAUUAGGGUCUUGUCUGGAACCGAUCGAUAUCGGAUUCCACGAAUCAAUCCCAAGGAAGAUCUCGCUUUUCUCGUGUACAGCUCUGGUACGACCGGCCGACCCAAGGGUGUCAGACUCACGCAUCAUAAUAUGACGGCGAAUAUUCAACAGAUAAUCGGAGCAGAAGCUUGGCUCACUCACGAUGGGUCCGUGAGUUGUCCUGGAAUUCCGGAUGCACCCAAGGGCAAGGGUGACAAGAUUCUUGCCUGUUUACCAUUCUUCCACAUCUACGGUCUGAAUGUACUCGUUCUAAAUCCAAUCUACACAGGAGUGCAAACAUUGGUACUUCAACGAUUUGACCUGGAGAAAUGGUGUCAGCUGGUCCAGGACUUUCAAAUCACCUACUCAUACAUUGUCCCUCCAAUUGUGCUACUACUGUGCAAACAUCCCAUAGUUGAGAAAUACGACCUGAGCUCUCUACGUAUGACCAACUCGGGUGCUGCACCGCUGACAAAGGAUCUGGUGGAGUCUCUCUUCAAAAGGAAGGGCGUACGAGUGAAGCAGGGCUAUGGAUUAUCUGAGACCAGUCCCACGAUAUUCAUCCAAAGAUGGCAAGAUUGGGAGUCCGCUGUCGGAACCACGGGCUGGAUGGUACCAAACCUACUCGCCAAGUUCUGCGCCGUGCCCAACGAGGGUGAAGAACACGACGGUACCAAAGAGCUUCCGCGCGGAGAAGUCGGUGAGCUCUACGUCAAGGGACCCAACGUAUUCACCGGAUAUCACAACAAUCCUACAGCGACGGCGGAAUGCCUUGAAGACGGCUGGUUUCGCACAGGAGACGUCGGCUUCCUCGACAAAGCAGGCAACCUGACCAUCACCGACCGCGUCAAAGAACUCAUCAAAUACAAAGGCUUCCAAGUCCCGCCCGCCGAACUCGAAGGCUAUCUCGCGAACCACGAACUGAUCGACGACGUCUGCGUCGUCGGCGUCGACAGUCAAGAACUCGGCACCGAAGUUCCACGCGCGUACAUCGUGCGCAAAGGAGGCUUGAAGGCCGUCAAGGACUCGGAUGCCAAGGAAAUCAUUCAGUGGCUGAACGGCAAAGUCGCCAAUCACAAGAAGUUGCGUGGGGGCGUGAAAUUCAUCGACGCCGUGCCCAAGAGCGUCAGUGGGAAGAUCCUCAGGAGGAUUCUGAAGGAGCAGGCGAAGAAGGAGUUCCGCGAGGAGGAGGACGCGAAGCUCAACAAGGCAAGGCCGAAGUUGUAG